AAUUACUAAAAUCCUCAUUAAAUCUUCAUUGGCAGGCAGCGAACCGGCACCACCAACAGCCGCAGCUCCACCCAUCUCAUUCAUUGAUCAUCCGCACCGAACAACAAGCAAGCCUUUGUGGGAAGCAGAAAGAAACGUGCAUCGACGUCGUGUUGUAGUCAUCUCCUUCCUCUCGUUACAGUAGUCUGCUUGACAGAAUAGAAAGUGAAACAAAGAGGCGUAUUGAUCUAGCUACCCACUCGAGGUCUCGUUGGAGCGUUACUGUUACUACCAUUGGAAGGCCGACAGAGUUGAAAUUUGAGUGCGCUGUCAGUUAGGUUUUGAAGUAUUACCCCCCAAACCGGUACAAUCAUUUUACUGUUCCAUGGCAUGGAUGGAUGACCGAAUGAACCCCAGCAACUUUUUGGAACAUCACAUUGCUUGAGAGAGAGCCAACGCCACGCCAUUCUGCCUACCCAUAAACUACACUGUAGUAGGUAUCUACCCAUCCCUCCAUUAUCCAUCUACGGUACCCCCACAAACACAACACACUACACUACCAUGACAAUGAUGAGAAUACGACGGCCCCUGGUCUUCCUUUGGGGUAGUGUCAUCCACGUCUUUUGGAUCUUUCAAGUCCACGGGGGUCAAGUGCACUUGGACUGCGAUCCUUGUAUCAAUCGAUCCAAACUGGAGAUUCAUGCCGUGGUACAUGGGACCAUGGAUGAUCCCUUUUGGCAACAAUCCGUCCAAGCCAUGCGACAGGCCGCGGUGGACAUGGGCGUGACGAAUUUCAAUGUCGAACUGUACGAGUUUUACUCGAGCGAGGAAAUGGCCAGAGAGAUUCGAUCCCUCAUCAAAUGGGAAUGGUGUGAUGGAUGCGCUCAUGGACAUACCCAUAUUUCCAAACAAAUCGAUGCACUCAUUGUGACAAUACCUGAUCCAGUGGUAGAAGCAGCUGUCAAGGAUGCCAUCCAUGCUGGAAUUCAUGUCUUUGGUAUGAAUGUUGGUAGCGAUAUCGUUCAGGAAUUGCCUGGUAUUUUGGCGUAUGUCGCCCAGAACGAAUACUAUGCCGGCAUCGUGGCGGGACGCGAAUUCUUGCACCGACGACUGGAUCGAUUCGGACCACCCAGUCGAGCACUCUUUGUCAACCACAAUCCUCAAGAUGUCGCAUUGGAGCAACGAUUCCAAGGAUUCAACCACAGCGUGACGUUGGCGGGGGUCACACAAGUCGAUCAAAUCGUGGUAGAUCCCAAUGACUUGUACGCGACAGUCCUAGACAUUCACAACGUCAUGGAUGGUUGUCGAUACGAUUUUGUCUUGUUGGGAGGAUCUGAAAGUGUACCCGCUGUCACGGCGGCACACGAUCAUCAUUUCUGUGACACGUACUUGCAACAUCAACAAGUGGUACAAGAAAGCAUCAUUAGCACACAUCCGAAUAAGACAAAUACGCCGCCAUUAUCAAUCUUGGAGUCGUCAACAUCGUCAACAACAAGUGGAACAACAUUUCUACCCAUGAUGAUUGGAGCAUUCGAUGAAACAGCCGAGGUAUUGGAUGCCAUUGUGGAAGGAACCAUUACCUUUACUCUGACACAACAAAACUACUUGCAGAGUGCACUACCGGUCGUACUGGCUACAAUCCACGCCACCACGGGUAAAACCAUUGUCCCUCCCGUACAGGAUCCCGUCUAUUUGGCAGGACCCAAAGUCGUGGACAUUUCCAACUAUCCAUCCGAUACCUAUUUGGCAUGCACGGCAGAAGCCUUUCCGAUAUGUGCCCAUGAUGAAAGCUUUGUGGACGAAAGUGCCUGCCCCUGCACCGACCGAAGUAGAUUGCGGAUUGCCGGGGUCGUACAUGGUGUCGUGGGGGAUGACUUUUGGGAUGAUGUCUUUGCUGCCGCACAGCAAGCCGCCUUGGAUAUCGACGUUGAUUUGGACUUUGAACGGUUCCACAAACAAGACGGCAAACUGCAUCACAGAAUGGCAAACAAGAUCAAAUCGUUAUGCGGAUCGGGCAUUGACGGGAUCUUUGUGUCCAUGCCAUCCGACGUUUUGAUAGACGCGGUUCGAUUUUGCAAACAGCUACGGAUUCCUGUCAUCAACAUCAAUUCUGGAUACCAAUUUGCAGCAGAAUUACAAGUCCAACAUAUUGGUCAGUUGGAAUACACUGCCGGACUCAAGGCGGGGACUCGAAUGGUCCAGGCGGAUGUCAGGGAAGGAUAUUGCAUCGUCCCUGAACCCGACAAUGUCGCCCUGGCUGAACGGUGUGACGGCUUCAAGACCGAACUGGAGAAUUCCAAUCGAACGUACGGAGGCAUGGUAGUCGUUCCGUUGGACAGGAGUGCGGAGUACCAAAAAAUUGUGGAAGAUGCCGUCGGCGAUCCUUCUGGCAGUUGGGAUGGCAUUGCUUUGAUGAUCACUGGCGAAAUUGUACCAGCGCUCGAGCUGCAACUGAGUCACCAGAGUGUGGCCCUAGGGACCUUUGAUAUCUUGCCGAAAAUGUUUGAUCCGCUGGAUGACGGCCGCAUAUUGUUUGCCAUUGAUCAACAGCAGUACUUGCAGGGAAGUAUCCCUGUUUAUCUCCUGGCAUAUGCCGCGUAUACACAACAAAAACUGAUCAAUAUGGCAGUCGAGACGGGGCCUGUGUUGGUGGAAUAUUCUCCGUCUCAGUCUGCGCGAACUUGCGAAGAACUCAGCUUUGGCGUAUGCAGCAAAAUACCUGUGGAGAAUUAUAAUUUCAUUGGAUCCAAGUUCAAGGCAGGGGGGUAUGCUGCUGUGGGAAUUGUGUGCUUCAUGGGUCUUGUUUCGGUGGUAUGGAUGCACUGCUACCGCGAGAAAAACAUAGUCAGGGCAAGCCAACCCAUGUUCCUCGGUUUGCUGGUACUCGGUACAAUCAUAUCGAUUCUUACGAUCUUGCCGCUCUCUGUAGAGACCGGGUACCGAUAUGUGAAAGAUCCAUUUACUGGUGAAUUGACGGACGAACCAAACCCCGACGUCCACCUUGUUGAUGUGGCGUGCAUGAUAUCGCCGUGGCUGUAUGGUUUGGGCUUUGUGAUCACCUUCUCGGCGCUCUGCGCUAAAAUUGUUCGAGUCAAAAUGAUAUAUUCUGCGGGGGCGGCUAUGCGACGGAAGAAGGUGGAACUGAUGGAUGUGCUUAUUAUUAUGGUCGUGAUGCUCGCGCUGGAGGUCACAAUCCUUCUAUGCUGGACGCUUCUUUCUCCAAGUAUUUGGCAGAGGACAGUAAUCAGCACCGAGGAUGGAUAUGUCACCGAGUCUUUCGGAAGCUGCACUUCAGAACACGCCAUGACAUUUUCAAUGACGCAGGCCUCAUUUCAAGCCUUUUGCUUGUUUGUCGUCUUGGUCCUUUGUUGGCAGACGAGUGAAAUUCCAACAGAGUUCGCGGAAGGCACCUACAUAUCGUUGGCAAUCCUUUGCAUCUUUCAAGUGUCCUUACUGACCAUACCGCUUCGCUGGAUGGUCUAUGAGGACCCAGACGUUUCCUACUUUGUCGAAUGCGCUGCUCUCUUCCUGGGCAGCUUCACUACUCAAAUUCUUAUUUUUCUUCCCAAGAUGUGGAGAGUCUAUACUGGAGACGACCAACUUCCUCUACCACGAGUUGGAGGGCGGGGAAGUAGCCAUCCAACAAACUUUAGCGACAACAGAACCCAGCAAUACAAUCCCGUUACCGGCGCAAUCACCCACGCCGGAGUCGGAAACCAGAAUGCCAAGCACGCUCCGGCUCCACCUUCUCGCACUUCCAACAACCAGGCUUCUGCCUAUCAGCAAGGCGUUACAACUUCAGAUAGAGCACCUCCUCCAGUGGACAGGAUGGCACCGCUAGACUCAGAUUCGGACGAUGAAGAUGAAGGACGACAAGCAAAUGGGGCAGCUGCAGUGACUGUUGCGGCAGCUCUGUCACGUUUAAAAGCCGGCCUGUCGUCGUCGUCAUCUGACGAGGACGAGCCUAUUCGACAGUCAGGGCCACUCUUGGCCAGUGCCGAUGAUGAACUUGCAAGCCUCGCAGCCGAAAUAUCGAGAGCAGCAACGUGUAGAUCUGACACGUUUGCAGCCGUAGGUGAACCUGCACCUGAUACAGCAAAGGAUGCAUCCAAGUCCAAGCGUGCAGGCGACGGAUCAGCCAAAUCCAUGCCAGCAGAACGUGCCGUUGGCGGCUCCAAUUCUAGGAGAGAUGGUCCGCCUAGGCGGCCGUUCAAACGGCAAGAUUCUCCUGAUGUCGACAGCAGUGUUUCCAGUACCAACGAAGAAGGCGAUGCAAUCAAUGCCCCCCCUGUACCCGUAGUGAAUGGUCGCGGCCACAUGGUCGAAGAUCAAGAUGAUGCGUAUCACAACCCUCAAGAGGGCUCCACUCACGAGGAUGGACGAGAAGUUCUGGCUGGAAGCGGCAACCUUCAAAGCGCUACGUUACCAGAACAAAUCGGUGCCAGUAAUCUUGAUCACGAAUCAUCCCUGGAAGGCAGCAGCCAACAGGUAGAAUUGGAAUCCACGAGUACCACGGCUUCGAAAGCUGCUGCAGCUCGAGCUGCUAUCUUUCGCAAGCCAGCUGAUUCUCCCAGCACUCCGAUUAGGCUGAAGAAAGACCCACGAGCCUACGGGGAUAACGCAGCCCUUGCUUUGGGCAUCACAAAGGCAAGAGGUAGCUUUCUCCGCAAGGUGGCAGCUUCUUUUGGCACUGCCUCGUCCGUAGGUUCAUCCGCACCAUUAUCGCCAGGUAGCCGAGCCAGUCUCUUGAAUACAACCAUCGAGGAAGACUCUGCUGCUGGAAAGGGGGUUGGUGGUAGCCAAAGAUCAUCGGUCAGCAAACUCAGUACUGAUUUCAGUGUGGACCGACAGAAUAGGCCACAGUAUGACGCUUUGAAGCAAAGUGCCAGCAAGGAUAAUGGUGCUGCAGCAGGGUUGGAGAAUGCUGGCACCAAUAUGCAGCUGAAAUCGAUGCAUGGAGAAGUUUUGUACUUCAUGUAACCUUGGGGGAAUUUUUGUGUAUUGUUAGAAUACUGGAGAGUGAUACUACUGUAGCUAGCCAGAAGAAAGUCGCCCCUGUUGAAGCUUCGAUCUCCCGGCAAUCGGUGUGGCUUGGAUAUUGAGGUUGUGCAUUUGUGUGAUCUGCAUAUCGGCAAUCAAUACCGAAGAAGCCCAACCAAGGCUGCUCAGAUCCACAACCAACCCAAGGAUCUUUUGUUCUCGCAAGUCAACAAAGCCAAAAGCUUCAAACCGAACAGCACUCUGCGCCCAACAAAGAAAGUGGCUGUUUCCUUCGUUCUCGCACUGAGGACGACUCUGUCGUUUAUGAUGCUGCCAUCGUUCCGGAAGAACCGAAUGUUGUGGCUAGGGCCAUAGAUUAUACCCAUGCCGAUAAUGACCGAAAGCUGUCUCUUUCACUCAUUACGUACGGUACCUGGUAGUGCUACCAUUAUCAGGACAACACGAUGAUGCAUCAUGCAUUGGGAACACAACGAGGAGCCCAGUACCCGAACGAUGACAUGGUGCCGUGACAGCCAACACCACGAACGAUCCCACCACAUCUUCCUCUCACGAACGAAACUCCAUCUCCGAGCGAAGGUAGGCCACCGCAAAUGGUUCGAAGCUUCAUUUCCCUCCAUUUCUACUCGAAUGAGAAUUGUUUUUCAAGAGUACAUGGAAUUGGAUCACAAGCCUUCUUCCCAACAGCACGGGGCAGAGGAAGAACACGAUAGUGCCUCUCCCGGGGAGGACCACUACUCUACUCAUACCGUACCAUCAUGUGCCCCGAUUUUUCGAGGGAACGCUUGGGAACGCUUGGAAGCUCGUUCGCGGCUGGCCGUUGGUGGACGAGGGAAUUGCAGCAUUGACGAACGCUCUCAUCAGCGGUAGGACAAGUAGUCUGAGAGCUCGAGAUCUCAUUUUGCGCAAAAUGAGCGCGAACAGUAAUGUUGCUCGAAGCCACGAACACAAUUUGCAGCAAUCUGAUCAUGGCGUAGUUGCCUGUCGUCUCUAGAGAUAGCAUUCCGCCUCUGUGAUAUCUAGCCCUGCACACGGCACUUUAAACUCUGCAAAUCUUCAGAGACUCGAGCCGGUAGGAGAGACCUCGAUUGAGGCUGCUAGAACAGGUCGUUGUGCGAAUAUGCCGCUCCCACAACAGAAUGUCGCAAGUGGAUGUGAAGCAACGACAUGAAACUAGCAUUUAAUCCUAUCAUCUGCGCUCGCCUUGAGACAACCAUACUUGCAGAGUUCGAGAGAGAGCGCCAAUUCCGCGCUGUUACAUCUCUUUUGUCAUCAUACAUUUACCACAAAUCAGCAGCAACCCACGAUCGCCACAAGCUCGUCCUGUUUUCCACUGCUCCCUCGUCUUCAAUCCAAUUCCAAUGCCAAUGCCAUCCUCCAUCGAAACAAAUAAACGCAAACAGAAAGCCCAUUCAAAAUCCUCCAUUGCUUUCCACACACUGCCAAAACCCACCAGCCGCUACCUUCAUCGAACCUCGAGCACCACCACGUCUUUUGCAUGGCUAAAUAUCAACCUUGAAUCCAAACCCAGAAUUGUAGCUGUCAAGAUUCUGACAUUGACAUUCAUCCACGCUGACUUGAUAAAGAGUAUGCAAACGCCCAAUGCAGUAUUUAGAAUCUUGCAUAGAAACAAGCCUCAGCGUUUCAGUAUCGUAGGACCACUGGUAGAAGGGCUUCCAAUCAGAACUGGCGCCACUGGGGGCAACAAAAAGAUCCCGCUCAGGAAUGAAGAAGAGGGAUCCUCCAGUUUGGUCUCCACGGAGUACAUACAUCUCAUCCGCGUCUUGAUCCCAUUGCAAGAUUCGUCCAUCACUUGUGAAGAUAAACAUGUAAUCAUAUUGAUUGCUGCACUCAGCACCCGGAUAGACCGUUCGAUGUGUUGCACUAUUCCGCCUCCAACACUGUGUGUUUUCACCUGAAGAUCCCAAGGUGACAAUAAGACCUGGCUCAUCACCACUGUCAAAAACAACUGGCAAUGUUGGUGGGCCAAACAUGAACUCAUCUGGAGGAGUCAAAUGGAAAUGCUUGGGGCAUGGCAUAUUUUCGAUCUUGUCAGAUCGAUAUUUGACACACUUUUUUGCACCAUUGAGUCUGUCGCUGACAAGAGCCGUGUUACUGGGUCAUAGUCCCAUUGUUGGAGGUGCAGAGCAGAGUCUGUUUCGCCCUUGCAAGUUUGGAAGUUUAGCUCUAUAGCCAGCUAGGAAAACGGACAAGAUGUAACCCAAGAGGGAUUUGUCAUGAAGACUUGCUAAAUUGUCAUUCCAGAUGCCUCUUCUAUAGCUUGAUGAUGCAUGUGAUUCCUUCAAGUAGGAGGCAGAUCCACUCAGUCGUCUUGUUUGUCAAGUUUCUUUCGAUACUUGCUUAUCGAUGGAGGAGCAGAAGUAUUUCGCAUCAGCCCCGCACCAGCCCCCUCCUUAGAAGACUUGGAACCAUUCCGAGAUUUGGAUCUUGAUCGUCGCCGACUGCUUCUACUUUGCUCUUUGUCGUCUUCGUCGUCGUCAGCAGAACCGUGCGAUAGUGACCGGUUGGACCCGCUUCGUUUGAGUCCUGCAGACAUCUUCUUCAGCCUUCUUUCCCGUUUGGCUUCCUGGCCCACUUCAAGGGCCAAUGAAGGUGCCGACCCAUUCCGCCUCAGGCCGCCGGAAGUCUUGGCUGGCCUACUUGAAGCGGAUGAAUCGCCGUCGUCGGCGAUAUUGAUGACCAAGGACGGCGCAGACCUUCUCAGUAUCUCUUUCAUCCCAUCAGACUUGGCGCGAGAACUAGUACUGGAGUUCGCUCUAUUGAGGCGCGAGCCGGAAGAGCUGACUCUUUUCAUGCUGGAGCUAGAGCUGACUCUUUUCAUGCUGCUGGGGAGCGUAUUCGAGGAUCCACUCUUUCUCCUCAUUUCUGCCAGAAGCGGAGCCGAGUCGCAGCGCUCCAUUGUGCGUUUGCCGUAUUUGGGGGUUUGAUGAGCAAUUUCAAUGAGACUCAAAAGUGGAGCCGAAUCGGUUCGUUUCAUACCGUCUUUUCUCUUAUUUUUCUUGCUGGUGCUGUCACGUCCAGUGCUGGGUUCUUGCGACAUUUGGAUGAGGCUCAUUAGAGGGGUUGAAUCAGAUUGUCGUUUCGAGGGCUCGUCGUCACUCGAGUUGGAAGAUGAAGACUGGUCGUUCAUCGAGUCGCGCUGGGAUACAACCUUUUCAAGAAUCUUCAGAUCGCGCUGGGAUACAACCUUUUCAAGAACUUUCAGA